AUGGCAAAGCGCCGUCGCCACGCGUUGGCGCCGGUGGUGGAGGAGCUGAUCUCGCCGAUGAACAGCCUGGACGACGGCUGCCUCAUGCACAUCUUCAGCUUCCUUAGCCCAAUCCCAGAUAGGUAUAACACCGCCCUCGUUUGCCACAGAUGGCGCUUCCUUGCAUGCCACCCUCGACUAUGGCUGCGUGUUGAGAGGCCAAUCAGAGAUGUGAUGGAGCCUGGAGUUUAUCCAAAUCUUGAGGCUGCUGUUUCUGCUGCUAGGCCCGGUGACACCAUUCUUAUUGCGGCUGGUGGUUCCCAUGUUGCGUGUAACAUCCAAAUAAAGAAGCCUAUUUGCAUAAUUGGUGGGGGUGAUCUUCCUGAUGACACUGUAUUAACCUGCUCACGUGGCUUCGACAAGUUUCCUUUGAUUGACCUAUCAAACAGUGCAUUGGAGUUCCUGUCAACAUGCAAGAUUGCAAAUUUGACUAUUAGAGCAGAACUUGGAUGCUGCUUGCUGCAUCGAAGCGGUAAAUUGACUAUUCAGGAGUGUUUGCUGCAGUGUGAGCAAAACCCUCUGGACUAUCUGUCCUUCCCAAUAAUCAGCACAGCGAUAGAGUACAAUUCAUUUCCAUCCCUCAAGGAGCAAGGGCAUGGUGUAACUGUUGUUCGCACCCGGAUUGAAGGGGGUGCGAAGGCCGUCAGGACGAACGGAACACUCGCGCUGCAGCGUGUGCGGGCCAUCUAUUCCCGUAGCUCUGUUUUCUUCUGGUUCGAAGUAGGAGAAAAGUAG